CGCGGAAGAGAAUCUCGUCUCCGCUGCUUCUCUCCUCCGCGUCCGAGAGUCGAUCCGGGGCUGAGAAAAAAAAUCGCCUCUUCUCGCCGAGUUUACCUCCGACCGCCGGGUCAAAACCGACACCGGAGUGUCCGAUCAAGCAGCUGAGGGCGGAGGAAUGGAGCCUCACGGCAGGGACGAAGGCAAGGGCCCGGUGCUUCACAUCGUGGUGGUCGGAUUUCACCACAAGAAGGGCUGUCAGGUUGAAUUUUCCUACCCGCCGCUGAUGCCAGAUGAGGGUCAUGACAGCAACCUGCUGCCCGAAGAGUGGAAGUACCUCCCUUUCCUGGCUCUUCCUGACGGAGCUCAUAACUACCAGGAGGACACUGUGUAUUUUCACCUGCCGCCCCUCAGUGGAGACAUGAAGUGCGUCUAUGGAGUGUCCUGUUAUCGCCAAAUAGAAGCAAAGGCCCUAAAGGUCCGGCAGGCCGACGUCACCAGAGAGACGGUUCAGAAGAGCGUCUGCGUCCUCAGUCGAGUGCCUCUCUAUGGUCUGCUUCAAGCAAAACUGCAGCUCAUCACGCACGCCUACUUCGAGGAGAAGGACUUCUCUCAGAUCUCCAUCCUGAAGGAACUGUUCGACCACAUGAAUGGCUCCCUGAGGGGUUCAACUCUGGAGGGAUCGCAGGUUUAUCUAGGGUUGUCACCGAGGGAUCUAAUACUGCACUUCAGACACAAGGUUCUCAUCCUCUUCAAGCUGAUUCUGCUGGAGAAGAAGGUCCUGUUCUAUGUGUCCCCUGUCAACAGACUAGUAGGAGCUCUGAUGACAGUCUUAUCAUUGUUUCCAGGUAUGAUCGAGCACGGCCUGGUGGACUCGUCCCACUACAGACCAAAAAGCAGCGUAUCGGAGGACCUGAGUCUGGUUGAAAGCGCCUCGGGAGCUGAAGAGUUUGUCUCCGUGUCCGUCACCGAUAUCGCCAACACCGCGAUGGAGCUGGAAGGGGUGGAGGCAGCUCAACCCGCCGCAGAGUCUCUCUCCUCUGGGAACAGCGCUGAGAGCGACAACCACCUCCUCAAACCUCUGUCGCAAACCUCUCCAGAGUCCUCUGAGAGCGACUGGGAGACCCUGGACCCCAGCGUGUUGGAAGAAGCUGCUCCCAAAGAGGCGGCCGAAACAGAGCUCCAGGACGCCUUCGACUCCAAACCGGGGACGCCCAUCACGGUGCAGCCUCAGGCGGUCACCCAGGGAGGGGUCACCCAGGGGCUGGUGUCAGGUCUGGAGGAGGACCAGUAUGGCCUGCCGCUCCCCAUCUUCACUAAGGGUUACCUGUGCCUACCCUACAUGGCCCUGCAGCAGCAUCACCUCCUGUCGGACGUCACGGUCCGAGGCUUUAUUGCCGGGGCGACCAACAUCCUCUUCCACCAGCAGAGGCACCUCAGCGACGCCAUCGUCGAAGUGGAAGAAGCUCGCAUCCAGAUCCAGGACCCCGAGCUGAGGAAGAUCCUGAGCCUGACGACGGCGGACCUGCGCUUCGCCGACUACCUGGUCAAACACGUGACAGAGAACCGCGACGACGUCUUCCUGGACGGGACGGGCUGGGAGGGCGGAGACGAGUGGAUCAGAGCCCAGUUCACCCUCUACCUGCACUCAUUACUGUCCUCUGCACUACAGCAAGAUAACGAGAGGCUGCUGGCCGAUUACGGGGCCCCUUUCGUCACGGCGUGGAAGAUCAGCCACAACUACCGGGUCUGGUACAGCAACAAGCACCCCGCCAUGACCGCCAUCACUCCGGGCCACCCGUUUCAGGGCCAGUACAGUGUCGCUGAUGUCAAACUACGACUCUCCCACUCGGUGCAGAACAGCGAACGAGGGAAGAAGAUCGGAAACGCCAUGAUGACGACAAGCCGCAGUGUCGUCCAGACCGGGAAGGCAGUCGGUCAGUCGGUCGGAGGAGCGUUGACCAGCGCCAAGUCGGCCAUGUCCUCCUGGUUCUCCACGUUGGCCCAGCCGCCGCCAGUCGGUCCUGAACCCGCCACCGAGGUCAAACCAUGACCGACAAACCCCCAGAACCCCCCAGUGACUCUGUUUCCUUGUCCUCUGGUUGUGAAGCAGGAGUAGUGAGCAGGUUUUAUGAAGGACGUGGGCAGAAGAAUGGUCGUCUUUCUUCAAAAAUCAAGUGAAACCCGACGGUCACCGGAUUCCGAUUGGAGAUUCUGGGCUUUUUAAGCGAGACGUCGCUCUGGACGGCAGGCUGGUGUAUUAACUGUACAGUCCACAUCCACUGUGAGGCAGGGACCGCCACUGCUUUCGAUCAAAUCCAGAAAAUCCGGGAGGUUGCGCUGCGACCGACCGCCUGCUUCUGUCUGCUGGACGCUUCCCUGUGAGACGCUGAAGAUGCUCUUUGGGUUUGCGGUGUUCCCCCUUUGCUGCGUAUUUACACGGUUUGUCUGUUUUUGCUGAGAAACGAUGUUUUGUGUAAAAUAUCGACGUCGCAGGAUUGUGACGGAAAAGCAUGAGCUGUGGCACCUAGAAGAUUUUAACGGAUCCAUUCAGGCUUGUGUUUGUCGAUGUCUCCAUAGCAACACUGUGGUUGUUGUGGCAACAGCAAGGAUUUCUUUGUGCGGUUUAUUUCAGUAAAUACACGUCGACUGAGGGACAUAAAGCGGCAAAUCAUCAUUUUCAUCUGUAGUAGUCCAUUUUUUGGAUCAUUCUAAAGUCUAAAAAUGUUUGAAAAUUGAGAUAAAGUUUCUUCAGAAAACUCAUAAAAUGUUGCUGGCACAGUAAAAAUCAAGCCAAAAGACAUCAGUUAAAGGAUAUACAACUAAUAGUGUGCUAUUAAUAAAAAUUCAGCUAGAAAAACAAUAUAACAUGUAUGUUUCAUGUAACAGUAGCAAAAGCAUUUUCUCUAGCUAGAAAAUGCUACUUUUAUUUUUCUGUGUGAAAUUGUGCAAAAAAUAAAAGUUAAACACAUAAUGUAAAGGACAACUUAAGAAAAAAAAGAUUUAUCCCCAACAUGGUUUUGAAGAUAAUGGUACGAAUCCAAGUAAUGCUAGCUAGCUAGCUAGCUAACUUUAUUAGUGUUAGCUUUCUGGCUAAAGCGCUUUAGCUACUAAACACAAUUUCCAUUGCACACACUAAUUGGUGCAAUUUAGUGAGAAAUGUUAGCUUCAGCUAGGUAGCUGAUAUGAUAUAAAAGAUGAUUUUGGUGUAUUUCUACCUAAAUAAUGUGGCUAUUGUGGUUUAAAUGUCAUGAUAACUCUUCACCUCCAAACUGGGAAAAUCUCCAUGUGUCCAUCAACUGUAGAACUAGAACCGAUGUCUAGUUUGCAAUGGAUUAAAAUUGUCCAAAAUGCCUUAAAACUUGUCAAAAUUUCAAUAAAAACUGUCCACGAUAAACUAAAAAAUGUCUAAAAAGACUAAAACUUGUCCAAAAUGAUUCCAAGUUUGUCCAAAAUGACUGGACACCACAGACAAGGAUUUGAAUCAAAUGAAAAAUAAGAUGAAUGUGUGGGGAAAAAUAAGAAAAUGAAUAAAAAGCCAGUGAACAUUAAGCCACCAAGUAAAAAUGAGUGAAGUUUUGAAUUUCUGCCUGAUGUUUUACCAACUACGUGGCGGUUAAAAUAAGUAUUACGCUUAAUAUUUGCUUCUACACUUAAUUUUAAUAAUCUAAUUAACAUAGUAUUUAUUCAUGAAUUCAGUUAUGAGUUUUAGUUUGUGAACACGUUUACAAAAUGUCAUUAAGAUACAACGUAGAAUCUGGUGUUGGUGAACUAAUUUUGUUAGUAUUAGCUUGGUGGCUAAAACGUUUUAGCUUCUGUUAGAACAGUUUUUGUAGCUAAAAGAGUUAGUUUAAAAGUAUGUGAAUUAUUUAAAUUAAGUUUUAUUACAAAAGUUACUUUCAGCUAUUAAGCUAGCUAAAAAGGCUGAUAUUUAUUUUAAAAAACUGUCAGUUAAGCUAGAAAGCUAGCUAGCUAGUUUGGUAGCUUAAAUGAUACUAGCUAGCUAAUUCACUAGCUACCUCAGUUGUCUUGAUUUUCUCAUAAAAGGUGGUGAAGAAAAUUUUAAAAAUGCGCAGAAAAGUAGUUUACUGUGCUCCAAGAGGACAAAAAUUAAGAAUAUUAGGAAAUUAUAAAAUAAAAUGUUUUAGCUGUUCGUUCACCAGGUAAGGCUUUAGUUAGUUUUCAAAAUCAAUAUUUCUUAGUUAAGCACCCGUAUUGUUCUACUUUUCUGCCAGGUUUUGGGGAAAUUCUUUAAUUUAAAACAACAUUCACACAAUUUAAAAGAAGAGUAUGACGCUUAAUAUUUUUAUAUUUAUUUAUUUGCUUCUACACUUAAUUUUAAUAAUUUAAUUAACAAUGUUUAUUUUUGAAUUCAAUUAUGAGUUUUAUGUGAAUGAUUUGAAUUAGAUUUUAUUACAAAAGUCAGUUUCAGCUACUUAGCUAGCUAAAAAGGUUGAUAUUUAUUUUUUAAAUUUUUAAAUGUGUCAGUUAAGCUAGAAAGCUAGCUAGCUAGUUGGGUAGCUUAACUGAUACUAGCUAGCUAAUGCAGUUGGCUUAAUUUUUCUCAUAAAAGGUGGUGAAGAAAAUUUUUUAAAUGUGUGUAAAAUGCGUGUAAAAGGAGUUUACUGUGCUCCAAGGGGACAAAAAUUAAGAUAAUUAAGAAGCUAUGAAAUAAAAAUAAAAUGUUUUAGCUGUUUGUUCACCAAAUAAGGCUUUAAUUAGUUUUCAAAAUUAAUAUUUCUUACUGAAGCAACCGUAUUUUUCUACUUUUUUGUCAGGUUUUGGCGAAAUUCUUUAAUUUAAAACAGCAUUCACACAAUUUAAAAUUAGAAUAUUUGGCACCAAAAAUCCCUCCUCAUUAGGUUUCUUUGCAUUUUUUUCAUCAGUUAUUCUUUUUUUAAACUGUUUUUUGGGCUUCUGUUUGCUGAAAACACUAAAUUAUGAACGCUGUUACCGAAGCAACCACACUGUUGUUCCAGAAGUCCUUGUGAACCUUGACGCCUGAUGUUGCUGUGAUGAAAACCUCCCUGAACUAUGAAGGAACCUGCUUAUCGAGGUGUUAUUAUCCCUCAUCCAGGCCUUUUUCUACUCCGCUGUUGACAUACACACACACACAUAUAUAUAUAUAUAUUUAUAUAUAUAUUUGGAGAACUAUAGUAAAUCUGAAGAUAGUUUAAAGGCAGAUGACUUAUUUAUUUGUUGUGUGACUUCAUAAAUACCCACGUUUCGUCAUGAAAACACUGGAACGAGUCCCAGUCCGUGGACCACUGUGUGUACUUGCACAAAGCGGCCGUUUUUAUUCUCUUUUCCUUGUGUAGGUGUAACGUCGAGGUGCUUUUCAGGAUCUUUUCCCUCCACGCUACUAAUAUCCAAUAUGGAUUAACAGCGGUCCAGUGAGCAUGCUCUGUCCGGUCGAGUCUUUUAUUUGUUUGUUUCAUGCUUUUAAAACCUCCUUUGCCCAUUUUCGGCUUUUCGAAGCUGCUUUUUUUAUCCUCUGAUGACAUAUUUUCAUUUUUUUUGUAUUUUAAGAAAAAUAUAUGAAUGUAUCGUGAAUCCAGAUUUGCAGAAUAUUUUUCUUGACAGAUGCUUUUAAUGUAUCAAAGUGAUAUUAUAUUGCUGUAUUAAAAAUAAUGAUUAAAAGUG